CGUCGGAACGAGAUUGGUCGCAAUCUAAAUUUGAAGACGUGUUGCUCACAUCAACGGGAGGAAGGAUUUUAUCCAGAUGCUAGCUAGGCACUAAACUCGCUUAUUAAUGAACACAGUCAAUAGGGAAAGUUUAAGUUGUUUGUCAAUCAACCCGAUAAGUGACAAUUCGUGAUGUAUAGUUAGCUGUCUAUUAAAGAAAAGUAAAAGGGAGCUAGUACGGUUGUUUAGAUGGAUAGCUAGCUAGCGAACGGUAGCCGUUGUUCUUCGUGACCUGUCUUUCAAGUAACUAACCAGCUGUUCUACUUCUAACUAGUUAUUAUCUACAGCUAAAGCAUCUCAAACUAGCUAGCUAUUAGCUAGUAACUUAGUUAACGUUACUAUGUAGCUAUCCAGCUAAUAGUUACAACAUAACUAAAUAACUUUCAGCUAACUACUAUACCUGGUUUAGCACUGGCUAAACACAUUAGCUACUAGCUGGCUAGAUAGUCUACGGCCUUGAUUCGGCUUGACAGGUGCUAAUUUAUUGCCACAGUGAAGUCCGGCUAACAACAACGAUGUCUCGCAGGCGGAUGGACGGCCGCAAUGGACCGACUGGGCUAUUUGGAGAGAUUCAAACCCAUAUCAAUACGGAACCGAUGGACAGUGUUUAUGACGUCACUGGCGAGUUGGGCAGGGGGAAAUUUGCGGUGGUGAAGCGGUGCGUGGAGAGGUCCACAGGGAAGGUGUUUGCCGCCAAGUUCCUUCGGAAGCGGCGGCGAGGCCGAGACUGCCGGGCCGAGGUGGUGCACGAGAUGGGUGUGCUGGAGGCGGCCCGCAACAACCCUCGCGUGGUUAACCUGCACGCUGCCUAUGAGACAGACCACGACAUCAUCCUGCUGCUGGAAUAUGCGGCGGGGGGUGAGAUCUUUGACCACUGUGACUGUGAUGAGCUGCUCCCAGAGGGCCAAAUCACACGGCUGAUCAGACAGACGCUGGAGGGCGUCCACCUCCUCCACCAGACCAGCGUGGUGCACCUGGACCUCAAGCCCCAGAACAUCCUUUUAACCAGCCUGGCACCGCUGGGGGACAUAAAGAUUGUGGACUUUGGCCUGGCACGCAAACUGGGCAUGGUCGGAGAGCUCCGAGAGAUCUUGGGCACGCCCGAGUACGUGGCUCCAGAGAUCCUGAACUAUGAGCCUAUUACAACGGCAACUGACUUGUGGAGUGUGGGAGUGAUUGCCUACAUGCUGGUGACGGGUGAGUCUCCAUUUGCAGGGGAUGACAAGCAGGAGACGUACCUGAACGUGUCCCAGGUCAACGUGGACUAUAGUCAAGAGGCCUUCUCCAGGGUGUCGGAGCUCGCUGUCGACUUCAUCCGCAAGCUGCUGGUCAAAACUCCAGAGGACCGGCCCAGUGCAGCCGACUGCAUGACCCACCCCUGGCUGUGGCAGCAGCAUCAAUACCCAAGUAUCGAGCCUGUCCUGCCACGAACCCCCCGUGAGAGGAGCAGCGGUACCAAGUGGGCUGCCCCAGCCGAGGACCCAGAGGACAAGGAGAACUUCACCUUGGACUCACCCCACACCCAGGCCAAGAGGUUUCGCUUUGAGGAGGAGACACCUGCCACCACCAACGGUGGAGACGGGGACUUCUGAGGUGGAAAGAGCGACGCAAGCGCACCCCUCCCACAAGCUCCUAUUUUGCUUUUAUUGGUUUUAUGCAGCAAGGAACCUGCCGGCAUGUGUCACCUACCCAAGAGCGCUUCUGUUCUGUUCUACUGCUCGCCAGUAUCCAAGAGCGUCCAGCCAAACCAAAGAUAGCCAGCUUCCUUUGUGAUCUAACGUCAAUUCGUCACUGUUUCUGUGUAGUUUGUGUUUCUAAAUAAUGCAUUGAUUUAAGAUUAGUAUUCUAUUUUAUUGUGAGCUGAUUUGGUCAUUUCUAGUGUCUUUGUUUUGUCAGGUAUAUUUUGCCCCAGAAUUUAAAGAAUGAGGCCAGAUAUAGCUCAAGGGAAAUCUAUGCAAUACUGUUUUGCCACAAGUAACUUUUAAAGGAGACAUUUAAAUAGUCAACAAAUUAUUACUUGACCAUUUUUGCCAGGCCAGUAAGUGGUCGUCAGUGUUCUUAGUAUUUUGUGCUAAAAUCAUUCGACAGAACACUGAACUGUGCAGAUAUGGGCUAAAUCAGACUAUUUGAGGAAGUGAAAGUAAAGUACGUCCUCACAGUAUGUCCUUGUUUGCCUGACCCAAGCUGUACAUUACCUCCCUACUGUCAACAAGCUUCAGGCCAUGGUUUGCACACAUUAUAUUCUGUGACAUUGUGACAUUCACUUAUCUUGCUCUCCAGCACGCCACAUCUCAAAUCACAGUAUGAUGUCAUCUUAGACAGGUUGUCUAUGCACAGUACCAAGCCCUGGCCUGCAUAAUUAGUAAGCCAACAAGUCACACUGGUGUCUGUCUAUAACAUUUACUGUUAACCCCAACUCUUCCUCUGAUUUACAAUUCCACAGUAAUAGAGAUUUAAGAGGGUUCUGUAAAAAGGUGACUCAUGGACAGUAAACACCACACCCAUGCUUACUCAAAUGUCUUUCUUCAAAUGUUUUCAGUUCCUCUUGAGUCAUUUGCUUAGGGGAACUGUGACUGAAGCAUUUAACUAUUUAUCAUCUGGGUAUUUAAUUUGCUUACUCAACUCGAAAAAAAUUGUUUUGCAUUACGUUAUUUUUGUGUAACUUGAACACAAUGUAUUUCCUGAUAUUUACUGAAGUAAUUUAAUCUGCAUUCCUUUAAUUGGUAUUAAAAAGCUACUGUGGUUUUUUUUUAUGGCUAGGAAGCCUUAAGUUUAAUGGGAGUCGGGUAGAUUUGGGAAUCAUAACAGAUUAUCUGUGUAUGAAGGUGAGUUUAUUCAGUCUUACUCCUCUGUUCAUUCCAUUUCCUCAUCUCAGGGCAAAUUACCGUUCACUUUGGUCGUAACUACCGUGUGCCUCUUUAUAUUUGCUCUUUAAAUACGUUUUACAUUCUAAUCUGAUUCUCAAUAUAUUUAUAUAAUGGGAUAGUGUUUUGUUUAUAUUUAGAUGUACAUAUGUGUGUGCUUUAUUUAACUGGAUUCAGAUGGGUUUAUUAAAUACGGGUUGUAUGGGAUAGUAUUGAUGGCACCGCUUAACAAAAAGCUGUUUUGGUAAGGUGACAUGAAAUUGAAAUAUGCUUUGGUGGUGAAUGUGGGAUUUGCAUGAAAAGUUUGGAAAAGUGAUUAGAGAUGGAUUUAAAAGAGAAAAGAUGGUUAUGAGGAUAGGGUAUGACAUUGAGAUGGUUACAGAGGACGAGAAAACAUUGAUUACGGAAGUGAUGUAUGUAAAGGUUUCGACUGAGAUAUUUGUACAGUUUUACCAGCAGAGCACUGCCAUGUAGAAAAUGAAAGUGCUCUUUUGUUGAGCAUGCGUUCCCCAUCCAUUUGUGAAUUUAUGAAGAAUUUUUGUGAACCCUAACUGCCAGCAGACCUCAGCUGAACAUGUCACUUUGUUCAAGGAGGUGCAAAGACUACAUAUCCUUGUUUGUUGUGGUCCUCAAGGUUUCCCAGAGAUGUCACUGCCCUGGCACACACAAUAGCCUUAGUCUUCAAGAGGGCUGUCUCCAGUCACGGCCAUGCUCUCAUUGUAUGCUGUCAUCCUAAAGGAGAACUGGAACACCAAUACGUCAUUAGUGAGUGAUUCAGUAGUCAGUACUGUCCUCCGUUCAAAGACAAGACACUUAAAUGAAAACCAGACGUUUGAGGCACUGCUGACACCAAUCGGCACAAAGUGGACUUGUACAACUUGAUUAUAUUUGUAAGAGCUCCACUGCUGAUUUCAUUUUGUAUGGCUGUCUGAAUUUACUUUUACAUACAUAUACUAGUCAAGUGACCUGUGUCUUCUCUGGGGACAAAGGUGACCAGUUUACACUCUUCACAUUCCUGUGGUGAGAUCUUCUCCCACUUUACCAGGGUAAUACUGAAGGAAACAUCUGAGUCAAACUCAUACCAGUUAGAAGCACAAGCAAUAACCUUCAGACCGAUGUUUAUUUCACAUUUGAUAGAUUUGUAGGUAUAUUCCAUUUGUUUUUAGAAUGGAUCAUUUCAAAUCCCCAUUUGUAUCUUCUGAUCAACAUCAAUCUAAUAUUUAGGUGUCAUCAGCAAACAAGAAUGCUCAUUAAAGAUGAUAGAAAACCUA